AACAUGGCGGAUCUCUCGCGCCGCCGUCUUUCCUUCUUGGAGACCCAGUCACGUCGUGACUCUUGUGACUCGCCUGUUUCUUUUACCUCCUCCAUGGAGUGGGACACUCAGGUGGUGAACGGGUUCUCCCUUCUCGGGUCCUCCGGGUCUAAGGUGAAGGCGUCAUCUGUCGACCUGCGGCUGCCUGCGUGGUUGGAGCCGGAGAGAUGUGCCGUGUUUCAUUGCGCGCGGUGCUACGCGGUGCUCGGCGACACUGUGCACCUCGCCUGGGACCUGUCACGGUCCCUCGGCGCCCUGGCCUUCUCCAGAGUCACAAACAAUGUCGUUUUGUUAGAGCCCUUUUUGGUUGGCAUAGAAGGUUCUCUGAAGUCCAGCACAUACAACCUUUUAUUCUGUAAUUCCUGUGGGACUACUGUUGGUUUCCAUUUAUAUUCUACCCAUGCUGCUCUGGCUGCCUUGAGAGGCCAUUUCUGCCUUUCUAGUGAUAAAAUGCUGUGCUAUCUGUUAAAAACAAAGGCCAUAGUAAAUACAUCUGAAAUGAAUAUUCACAAUGUACCUUUACCAGAAAAGAUUGCAGAGCUGAAAGAGAAGAUGAUGCUAACGCACACUCGUUUAAACUCACUGCUGGGGAGUCUGAAGGAAAAGCCUCCUGAUCAGUCUGACCAAGAAAACGGACCAGGCAAGGUGCAAAACCAGCAACAACACUGA